AUGAUCCGCGCGGGGGCGGCCGCCCUGAGGGCCUGGAGCCGGGGCCGGGGCUGGGCCGCGCUCUCGACGGCGCCGCCGGCCCCGCCCGCGACCCCCGAGACCCGCAAAGAGGAGCCCCCGGUGGCGUCCCCGGUGCUGAGGAGCUGCAGUGUCCCCGUGCCGUCCCCGCUGUCCCCCGUGCAGGCCUGGGUGGGGUCCCUGCGCCACCCCCAGGACGCGCUGCGGGGCCUGGCCGACCUGCACCCCGACGUCUUCGCUGUCACCCCCAGGCUGGACAUCCUGCACACGGUGGCCACGUGGCAGAGGAACUUCAGGAGGAUUAGCCACGCCCGGGUGCGCACCCGAGCCGAGGUGCGGGGCGGCGGCCGCAAGCCCUGGCGGCAGAAAGGCUCCGGGCGCGCCCGGCACGGCUCCAUCCGGUCCCCGCUGUGGAGGGGAGGUGGCAUCGCCCAUGGCCCGCGGGGCCCCACCAGCUACUUCUACAUGGUGCCCAUGAGGGUGCGGGUGCUGGGGCUGAAGGUGGCCCUGAGCAUGAAGCUGAUGCAGGACGAGCUGCACCUGGUGGAGAGCCUGGAGCUGCCCAGCAGUGACCCCCAGGAGCUGCUGGAGCUGGCACGGGCACGGCGCUGGGGACACUCGGUGCUGGUGGUGGACACCAAUGAAUUCCCAGAGAACAUCAGCGCCGCGGCCGAGGGGCUCAAAUCCAUCACCCUCAUCCCUGCCCUGGGGCUCAACGUGCACAGCCUGCUCAAGCACCGGACGCUGGUGCUGACCCUGGACGCCGUCACCUUCCUGGAGCAGCGGCUGCUGUGGCACGACUCGCGCUACGCGGCCCUGGUGCCCCUCUCGCUGCCCCACCGGGACCCCCCCCCGGCUGCCUGAGCCCCCCUUGGGUGGGAUUGGCCCCUCC